AUGCUGGGCGAGAAUGGGACUGGGAAGACAACGUUCAUUCGCAUGCUGGCUGGUUUGUUGAAGCCUGAUACAAUAGAAGGAUCUGAUGUAGAGAUACCAGAGUUUAAUGUCUCUUACAAGCCACAGAAGAUAAGUCCAAAAUUUCAAGCUAAAGUUAGGGAUUUGCUACAUCAAAGAAUACGUGAUUCAUAUCUGCAUCCUCAGUUUGUAUCGGACGUGAUGAAGCCCCUCUUAAUUGACCAAUUGAUGGAUCAAGAAGUUGUGACACUUUCUGGUGGGGAGUUGCAAAGAGUUGCCUUAACUCUUUGCCUGGGAAAGGUAAACCUUUAUUCGUGUGUGUUUUCUCCCACAUUUGCUGGUGCAUCGCCUGCAGAUAUAUAUCUGAUAGAUGAACCAAGUGCAUAUCUUGAUUCAGAGCAGCGUAUUGUUGCUUCAAAAGUCAUAAAGAGAUUUAUACUUCAUGCAAAGAAGACUGCAUUUGUGGUUGAGCAUGACUUCAUAAUGGCAACUUACCUGGCCGAUAGAGUUAUUGUGUAUGAGGGGAAACCGUCAGUGGAUUGUACAGCAAAUGUGCCUCAGUCAUUGUUGACUGGAAUGAAUCUAUUCUUAUCUCAUCUUGACAUCACGUUUAGGCGAGACCCAACUAAUUAUCGUCCAAGAAUCAACAAACUGGACUCGACCAAGGACAGGGAGCAAAAAACCGCUGGUUCCUAUUAUUACCUUGAUGACUAA